CCCUGUCUUUCUUUCUUUGUCUCUGAAGCAGUCGAACGUGUCUUUUUCUCCCUCCCUUCUUGCCCACAUUCUUCCAAAGCAGACCGGAAAUAUCAAAGCAUCUCAGUCACCGGCCUUCUUUCUCCCUAACUACUUCAAAGCAGAAAAGCCCAUUUGCCCUCACCGGAAAAUCCCCACCAAAAUCCCAUUUCUCCUACUUCUAUCUGGGCGACGCGAUGAAGUGGCAUAGGUCGAUAAAGCCAAACAAAGCGGCAAUACCGGAGGGGAGUCAAGCGGAGGGUGUUUCGGCCAUGGGACUUUGGAUUCUCAAGGCAUUUUGGGAGCAAGUACAAGCUCGGGGAGGAGGUUGGGAGAGGCCAUUUUGGUUAUACCUGUUCAGCAAAGUUCAAGAAAAGGGAACUUAAAGGGGAAGAAGUUGCUGUUAAGGUUAUACCCAAAGCGAAGUUAAGCUUGUAGUUCAUUAUUUUGGGUACUUACUGCUUAGUAUAUGCUUGAUUUCUUGGUUCGACUAUAUGUUUCUGACAGUAUAGAGAUGAGAUCUGCUGGUAAACCUCUACUUUUAUCAGUCCUGUACCAUGAUUAGUUUGCUUGAUUGCAUUUAUUAAUAUGCAAGAAUGGAUUGUGUAUUGAAUUAUUGGUGGCAAAAUUUUUUGAAUUGGGGACCUUGGAUUGGAGAUGUAGUUGUAGUAUGUGUUGAUUUGCCUUUUUUUCUUAAGAUAAAAAUUGAUCUUUCUUUUUAAUCUUUUGGGGGAGGGGGAAUUGUGUCAUUCUAUUGUCUUCCUUUUAAGAUCCUCAUUCAAUUUCCAGGUACAUAAAUGCAUGCAUUUAAUUUGUUGUAUUUUCACUCAUCCAUCUGUUUGAUGUAUAAAGAGAGAAAUUCGAAAAAUUUUUAACAAUUUAUUACAAUAUAUGCUGUCUUGUUGAUAAGAUGUCUUUAACUGAUGUCUUUAACUAAUAUCUUUUGGUUUAAUUUCCUUACGUACAUGUAUUUUUCUCCUUUUCAUUUGAUAUCAGUUAUUUUUGCACCAAAUUAAUUACCCUGCACAAGGAGUAUGAGGUCUGCCUGCUUUCUUUGUUGUUUUGAUCAUACGAUUUUUCAAGCUCGCUAAGCUCGAGACGAUGUAUUUUUUUCUUUUUAUAAAAGAAUUUGGAGUUU